AGUGCGAUUAGGGUUUAGGGGACGUAGGGGUUUGAAGUAGAAGUAAAAGUAAAAGGCUGCUUGCGUCAGACCUGCAGACUCCGCUGUGUCAGCAUCAAGGCAGGAGUAAUUUCUCUCUCCCUGCGUGUGUCUUGGAUCCCUGGAACCUUUUUCCACUUUGGUUUCAAAGACGCACCACCAUGAAUUCAAAUUCAAGCCCUCAGAGGAAGAAUGCCCGUUCUUAAGAACCUCCCAGGGAGGCUGAAAGGGGCCAAGGUGAACGGAGAGCUAAUCCUGCACAAGAUGAGUCUGGACCACAACCCCUUCGCCGAGGGCGGCAGGGAGCAGGACACCUGGAGCGAGGGCAACGAGAGCUCCCUCCUGGAGGGCAGCGUGCCCCGCGACCGCAACCCUUUUGAGGACGAGGAGGACGAGAACGAGGCCAACGAGGAGCGGCGGGGCGGUUCUGGGAAGGGCGGCUCCAUCAAGGGCACGCUGGAGCGCAUCCGGGGGGUCUCCCCGCUCAAGACUCUGGGGAAGCUGGGCAAGGGGCUGCGGAUGUCGGGGCGCAGCAAGGGCGAGGGGACCCCAUCUCCCAAGGGCUCUCACGGAAAGCCCUCCCCCCAGGAGAAGAAAAAGAAAGGGAGGCGGAGCUCCGAGGGCAGCCUGCUCAGGAUAGCAGGUAGGUGCAAAGACAGCUUGCGGAAGGAGAGCCUGACCAACGGGGACUUGGGCUCGGAGGGUGACGACUGCAGCCGCCGCCUGUCCUUCCUCAAGAUAAUGCGGGGGGGAAAGCUGAAGAGGGAGUCCAUGGCGGACCGCGCCUCCCAGGGCCCCGAGGAGGAGAUGGUGGAGGAGGUGCCGGAGGUCAAGCCCAGGGAGCCCCUCUCCGUGCUGGAGAUCCUGAAGCUGGUGACCAAGCGGGACCUGUUCCUGGCAGACACACACAUCCUGGAGCUGGAGCAGGAGUGCGAGGUGACGGCCGCCCCCCUCGGCGUGAGCUCGCCGGGGGUGGCGGCGGCCGAGGAGCUGACCAGCCCCGGCAGCAAGGACGGGGGGCGGCGGAAGGCCAAGGACGUGGAGCUGCUGUACGAGGCCCUGCAGAAGGAGAUGUGGGACGUGGUGCGCGAGUCGCUGCGCUGCCCCACCGCCGGGCCCAACCUGAGCCUGGUGGUGCAGGUCCUCCAGCAGGAGGAGCAGGCCGACCGGGACUGGGCCCAGAGGGAGGCCGCGACCGCGCCCGCCGGCCCCAGGCCCCGCCAGCUCAAGCAGCGGUGGAAGGAGGCGGUGGCGGAGGCGGCCGACGCCAGCCUGCCCCAGCAGGUGGAGGCGCAGGCAGGGCAGCUGGCCGUCUACCUGGAGCGGCUGCGCAGCCGGGUGGUGGAGGACCUGGGCGCCGCCUGCCGGAACGCAGUGCCCAUCUACCCCGAGGAGUACGCCGCCUUCCAGGUGUACGCGCAGAGCUACCACAAGGCCGUCACCCGCCGGCUGCACACCAUCACCAGCGCCGCCCUACAGGUCACCGACACCUACUCCCUGCUGGACUGGAUCUACAACAUCUACAACAGGGAUGUUCUUAAUGUGGUCAGCAAGCCCACACCCAUCAACCGCUCCCAGCUGGGGCCCCUGUUGCCCUCGGAGACCGUGGACAAACUGGAGCUGGACUGCCUAAAUUCCGUUAGGGACAAAGUGACCAAUGAGCUGUCUCAGGUCCUCGACAACGAGGAGAAGAGGUGGACUGAGAUGCUACAGGUGGAGGAGUACCAGUCAUCAUUGGCUCGCACUGUCAUUCAGAGACUACAGGUGGAUCUGGACAGAUCAGCUUCUAUAAAUCGAGACCUGGGCUCCCGUGUGGCACACUGCAGUUUGAAUGGACUAGCUGACUUCCUGUACAGCUUCAAAAAAAAAGUUGAGAUUUUCCAUGAGACACAGAUUGAGUCUGCUGAGCGGGUUGAUGGUUACAUCUCCACGACAAUCGCCCAGGUUAACUGCUGUCCCCCUUUCAGGAAUUUUGUCCAGCGCUGUAGUCAGGGUGCGUCAGAGGUCAGUGAGGAUUCGGCUCGGAGAGCCAAUGCCUCCCUGGACAGGAUUGUGCACCAAGGGGUGAAGGUGCUGGCUGACAGGCUCUUCGAAAACAUCAGGCCCUUUUUUGACAAGCUAGUGAAGAGGAAGUGGCUGAACAACACAGAUGCCUUCGAUGCAAUCAUAGCCAUCAUAAAGGAGCACUUCAAGAAGUUCCACAGAAUGGACUGUCCGCCAUACCAGACGCUGGUGAGCGAGGUGCACAGGCGGGUACUUAUUGAAUACCUGCGUGCCAUCAUGAGGGGACGCGUCAUCUGCACAUCACUCAGGAUGAGGAAGAGGAUGGCCAGCCGACUGCGUGACGAGAGCAAGCAGCUCAAAGUCCUCUUUAAAGACCUGGAAUCAACGUCCUCGUGGCUGGACAGCGCCGUCCCACACCUGUCGGAGAUCAUCCUCUUGGAGGACACGCCCUCCAUCCAGAUGGAAGUGGGAGUCCUGGUGAGAGAGUUCCCAGACAUACGGAAGAAGCACAUAUCUGCCAUCCUCAACAUCCGCGGGAUGACGCGGCAGGCGGAGAGGCAGGAGAUCCUGAACAUCGUCAAGGACAUUGAGAACAGCGACAGCCUCACGCAGCUCUCCCGCGACAGGGCCCUCUUCUCCGAGGUCCCGGUGACCUCCGAGAUCCACUGCCUCAACCUGGGCCUGAGCCGCAUCGCCCUCACCGCCACCUCCUGCGUCUCCGGCCUGAGGCCACGCCGCAAGAGGACCCCCGUGAGAGCGGCGUCUGACGAGAUGCUCUGAACUCACCGGAGAAACCACCAGGGGGCGACGUCCUGAAAAACUGGCAGGCGUCCAAUGGGGGGAAACGGAGGAACACUUUACUCACCCAUCCCCUUUACAUGGACGGAUUUUGUGACAUGUAAAGCGACAAUGACCGUGAGGUGAUUAUAAAUGAGGAUCUGUGCAACAAUUCCAUGGCCUCGCCAACUAAUUUUUCCCUUUAUGAGAUUCUUAAUAAGGAACAAAACCAGAGAAACAGCUUGACUUAGAAAAAAUUUGCCUGCCAGCUAAGUCCUUGCAUAAUAAAUUAGGUUUUAUUUUCAAUUAAAAUACCAGGAAUUUUUCAGAUACCCAUUCUUGUAACUAAAAGAUGAACCCCAACACUUGACUUCUGUCAACUCCUAGAAAUGAACUGGAUAGCAAAAAUGAAUCUGAAAAUGGCCACAUAGUGUAUUUGAUAUGGGUUAUAUGAGGGUUACAAAAGAUAUGAUAUGUAACUUUGAUCACUACUGAUGAAAAGCAACAUUUACUGAUUAAAAUAUUGCUGGUAAAAAAUAUAUUUCUUGUUCCCAGCAAUGUGCUUACUGUAAUAUACAGAAGAUGGCGGUUUUUGAUGCCAAAAAAUGAUAAACGCUUGAUUUAAGGUACUAUACAGUUUAAUUAUCUAUUCAUUACGAUGAGUCUCUUCAUAUUUAAGAGUUAUUGAUACACAGUUUAUUUCACAUUGUUAUAUAGGCAAAUGUAAACUGUGAAACUCAAGCAAAGAGGAUAAGACCAAGACGACAAUUAUUUAUAUACCAGCAGAAAGUCUUAUUUAUUGUUAAGUAGUCUGUCCUGUUACUGUAAUCAAACUCUUAAGAAAGCAUUCAGCUGAAUUUCCAUUUCAAGUUAUCUUUCUCCUUGAUCUAACACUUAUGAAUGAUCAAGACAAAAAGCUGUUGUCAAAAUAUCAACAAAAAAUAUAUUAGAGACAUUAACAAAAGCAAAAAAAAAAAAAAUCUUUUUGGCUGUGUUAGAUUUACAAGUGAAUCAUAUCAGUUCGUUUAGCUUGUGGUCUAAUGAUUUAAUCUUCAUUGUAUAAUGCAUAUGAGAGGGCCUGUGGUUUAAUAUGUAGAGUUAAUGUAUUCAGGAUUAUUAUCUGCUGUUGGAAGUGCACAGGAGGGGAUUUGAAGGGGGCAUGGGCCGCCUCUCGAAUGUUCACAAAAAUAGUUAAUCAUUAAUUCUGUAUGUGCUGUACAUGUUGAUCGGAAAUUGCUUUUAAAAGACAGGCCUUGAUAAUCUGGUUUCAUGCCUUUAAGUUUAAUUUCUUAAAAUCGUCACUUUUUCUCCACUCUGCUGGUUGGGUUGCCCAUGUAUGCGGCACAGUAACUGUAUUUCCUGUUUAUUCUGUGACCAAUACGAAAACAAUUGGUGCACAAUUAGAUGUAAAAAUACAUUUGCCAUGAACUGUAAAUAAUCAAAUCAGCUAAUGUGAAUAAAUGAGAAAGGUAAGAUCAAA